AUGCAAUUAAAUGUAGGCAAACAAGGCUUUGGACCUGGAGAUCAAGAAUGGGGAUACGUAACAGUUCGACCUAAGGCCCAUAUGUUCUGGUGGUUGUACUACACAACUGCGAACGUUCUAGAGUACGAAGACAAGCCGCUAAUUAUUUGGUUGCAGGGCGGUCCUGGAGUUUCUGGAACUGGAUUUGGAAACUUUGAAGAGCUUGGUCCUCUUAAUACCCAGUUAAAACCAAGAAAUCACACUUGGGUGAAAGACUAUAAUGUUGUCUUUAUCGAUAAUCCUGUGGGAACUGGAUUCAGUUACGUUGAAUCACUUGAGCUAUUGGUUAAUAAUAAUGAGCAAAUCGCAAAAGAUCUCAUGUACUGCGUUAAGGAAUUUUUCAAAAAGUUCCCAAAUUUUUCUAAAACACCAACUUAUAUAUUAGCUGAGUCUUACGGUGGAAAAAUGACCGUUGAAUUCGCUUACUUGUGGUACCAUGAACAAGUUCAAGGACGCAUAAACAGUAAUUUUCAAGGAAUUGGCCUAGUGGACUCAUUGAUUUCUAGCAACGAUAUGUAUGCAUCUAUUGCUUCAUAUCUUUUUAAUUUUGGUCUUAUCGACACUAACGGAUAUAAAAUAAUCGCCAAUACAGCAAAUCAAUACAUUAAAUCAAGCAAUGCGGGCGAUUGGUCAAAAGCUCUUUAUUUGGCAAACGAAAUUGAGUACCUGAUGCAAAAUCAAACUUAUCGUGUGGAUCGGUAUAAUGUUAUUAAAGAAGUUAAACUCAAUUAUUAUGCCGAAAGUAUAAGCGUUUACAAUUUAUCAAGAUCUUUGUACAGCGAUGAAUUGAAAAAAACAAUGAAAAUGGUUAUGGAUACUUUAGAUUUAGAAAGCAUUUGGGGAGUUCAAGAGAUAGCAGUCAACAGAGCACUGUACUUAGACAGCAGGAAACCAGUGGUUCACUAUGUUGAAAAAUUAUUAAACGAAACAAACAUCAAAGUAUUCGUCUUCAAUGGUCAAUUGGAUUUAAUUAUAAAUACACCAGGAACUUUGAGUUGGAUUGAAAAAUUAAAUUGGAAAUAUUCUGACGUGUGGUUGAAAUCAAAAAGAUUACCACUUGUUGUAAAUAACAUAAUCGAAGGCUAUUCAAAAGGAUACGGAAAUUUUAAAUUUUAUUGGGUCAAUAGAUCUGGGCAUAUGAUUCCUGCAGAUAAUCCAGUUGCGAUGGAAUCAAUACUAAGAGACUUAAUUUACAGUUAAUCGGACUGGUGUUAUUUUAAUUUCAUACGUAUAUUAUCAUAAUAAAAGAAUAUUCAUA